CGUUAACCUGAACGGCUUGGCGAACUGCUUCCGGGAGUUUUAAUAUCAAUGAUUUUGUCACUUGUGUGAAAUUAAAACACUACUCUGGUGUUUGUCUUUUGUUGUCGUUAAAAUGUCGUACAACUACGUGGUAACAGCCCAGAAGCCUACGGCAGUCAACGCCUGCAUCACAGGUCAUUUCACUUCUGCAGAGGAUCUCAAUCUGCUCAUUGCAAAAAACACACGUUUGGAGAUCUAUGUGGUGACAGCAGAGGGACUGAGGCCUGUCAAGGAAGUAGGCAUGUAUGGCAGGAUUGCUGUUAUGGAGCUAUUCCGACCUAAGGGUGAGAGCAAGGACUUGCUUUUCAUUCUCACAUCCAAGUACAACGCCUGCAUCCUUGAAUACAAACAGAAUGGGGAGAGUAUUGACAUCAUUACCCGCGCCCACGGCAAUGUCCAGGAUCGUAUCGGCCGAUCAUCAGAGACGGGGAUUAUCGGAAUUGUGGAUCCGGAGUGUCGCAUGAUUGGUCUUAGGCUGUAUGAUGGGCUUUUCAAGGUGAUCCCAUUGGACCGGGACAACCGUGAGCUCAAGGCUUUCAACAUCAGACUGGAGGAGCUGCAAAUCAUCGAUGUUCACUUCCUGUACGGCUGCCAGGCUCCAACUAUUUGCUUCAUCUAUCAGGACCCCCAGGGACGCCAUGUAAAGACCUAUGAGGUUUCUUUGAGGGAGAAGGAGUUUAACAAGGGCCCCUGGAAACAGGAGAAUGUGGAGGCUGAGGCAUCCAUGGUCAUCCCAGUGCCAGAGCCAUUUGGUGGCGCUAUAAUCAUAGGACAAGAAUCCAUCACUUACCACAAUGGAGACAAAUACCUGGCCAUUGCACCACCCACUAUCAAGCAAAGUACCAUUGUCUGCCACAACCGGGUGGACCCCAAUGGGUCACGCUACCUGCUGGGGGACAUGGAGGGGCGCCUGUUCAUGCUGCUGCUGGAGAAGGAGGAACUAAUAGACGGCACAGUGGUGCUCAAAGACCUGCACGUCGAGCUGCUUGGAGAGACAUCUAUUGCUGAGUGUUUGACCUACUUGGAUAACGGUGUGGUAUUUGUGGGCUCCAGACUGGGCGACUCCCAGCUUGUGAAGCUUAACGUGGACAGCAAUGAGCAGGGCUCAUAUGUGACUGUAAUGGAGACAUUCACCAAUCUGGGGCCCAUAGUGGACAUGUGCGUGGUGGACCUGGAAAGGCAAGGCCAAGGCCAGCUGGUGACAUGCUCAGGUGCAUUUAAAGAGGGCUCUCUCCGGAUCAUCCGCAACGGCAUUGGGAUUCAUGAGCAUGCCAGCAUUGACCUGCCGGGAAUCAAAGGUCUGUGGCCGCUCCGCUCUGAGGCAGGCAGAGAGACGGAUGAUAUGCUGGUUCUGUCUUUCGUGGGUCAGACACGAGUGCUGAUGCUGAGCGGAGAGGAGGUUGAAGAGACUGAAUUGCCAGGCUUUGUGGACAACCAGCAAACAUUUUACUGUGGCAACGUGGCACAUCAACAACUCAUUCAAAUCACAUCAGGCUCUGUGCGCCUGGUGCUUCAGGACAGCAAGGCAUUAGUGAGCGAAUGGAAGGAGCCACAGGGCAGGAACAUCAGUGUGGCUGCCUGCAACCACACACAGGUGGUGCUGGCUGUGGGCCGAGCCCUGUUCUACCUGCAGAUCCUGGCUGGAGAACUCAAGCAGAUCAGUACCACAGAGAUGGAGCACGAGGUGGCCUGCUUGGACAUCACACCUCUGGGGGAGGGUGGCAACGAGUCACCGCUCUGCGCUGUGGGACUGUGGACAGACAUAUCAGCCCGUGUGCUCAAACUACCUUGUUUCACAGCACUGCACAAGGAAAUGCUGGGCGGAGAGAUCAUCCCUCGCUCAAUCCUAAUGACCACCUUUGAAGGCAGCUACUACCUGCUGUGUGCCCUGGGAGACGGAGCACUCUUCUACUUUGGCCUCGACCUGCAGACCGGUGCCCUCAGCGAGCGCAAGAAGGUCACCCUUGGCACGCAGCCCACGGUGCUGAGGACCUUCAGAUCACUCUCCACUUCCAACGUCUUUGCCUGCUCGGACCGACCCACGGUCAUCUACUCCUCCAACCACAAGCUGGUGUUUUCCAAUGUCAACCUCAAGGAGGUCAAUUACAUGUGCCCGCUCAACUCUGAGGGUUACCCCGACAGUCUGGCUCUGGCCAACAACAGCACGCUGACCAUCGGUACCAUUGAUGAGAUUCAGAAACUCCACAUUCGCACAGUUCCCCUCUAUGAGUCUCCCAGGCGGAUCUGUUACCAGGAGGUUUCCCAGUGUUUUGGGGUUCUGUCCAGCAGAGUGGAGAUUCAAGACGUAAGCGGCACCACAUCUGCUGUACGGCCUAGUGCAAGCACCCAGGCGCUCUCCAGCAGCGUGAGCUCCAGCAAGCUCUUCCCCAGCAGCACCUCUCCACAUGAGACCUCCUUUGGUGAAGAGGUGGAGGUUCACAGUCUGCUAGUCGUGGAUCAGCACACCUUUGAAGUCCUCCAUGCUCAUCAGUUCCUCCCCAGCGAGUAUGCCCUCAGCCUGGUCUCGUGUCGUCUGGGGAAAGACCCAUCUGUGUACUUCAUUGUCGGAACCGCCAUGGUUUACCCAGAGGAGUCGGAGCCCAAGCAGGGACGCAUCAUUGUCUUCCACUACACCGACGGUAAGCUGCAAACCGUGGCUGAGAAAGAGGUGAAAGGUGGUGUCUGUUCUUUGGUGGAGUUCAAUGGAAAACUGCUGGCCAGCAUAAAUAGCACAGUGCGUCUGUAUGAGUGGACGGCUGAGAAGGAGCUGAGAACUGAGUGUAACCACUAUAACAACAUCAUGGCCCUUUACCUGAAGACCAAAGGAGAUUUCAUCCUGGUGGGAGACCUGAUGAGGUCCAUCCUGCUGCUGGCGUACAAACCCAUGGAGGGCAACUUUGAAGAGAUUGCUCGUGACUUCAAUCCAAACUGGAUGAGCGCUGUAGAAAUUCUGGAUGAUGACAACUUCCUGGGGGCCGAGAAUGCCUUCAACCUGUUUGUCUGUCAGAAGGACAGUGCGGCCACCACCGACGAGGAGCGGCAGCACCUGCAGGAGGUGGGGGUCUUUCACCUCGGCGAGUUUGUAAAUGUCUUUUGCCAUGGCUCUCUGGUGCUGCAGAACCUCGGAGAAAGCUCCACACCCACCCAGGGCUCUGUGCUGUUUGGCACCGUCAACGGCAUGAUAGGUCUGUUGACGUCUCUGUCUGAGGGCUGGUACAGCCUCCUGCUGGACCUACAGAACCGUCUCAACAAGGUCAUCAAGAGCGUUGGCAAGAUCGAGCACAGCUUCUGGAGGUCCUUCCACACAGAGCGGAAGACAGAGCAGGCGGCAGGAUUCAUCGACGGAGACCUGAUUGAAAGCUUUCUGGAUCUCGGCCGGGCAAAAAUGCAAGAGGUUGUCAGCACUCUCCAGAUCGAUGACGGCAGCGGCAUGAAGCGUGAAGCCACAGUGGACGAGGUGAUUAAGAUCGUAGAGGAGCUGACGAGGAUCCAUUAGUUUAGCUCGCCAUUCAGGCCCCCGCUGACUGGGAGGAUGGCCUGGAGGAGGAACGAUGGGCAAAUCCCCCAAGGAGGGGAGCAGUUUGGGCUUUGCAGAUGUGUAAAUAAUUAUAAAUAAACAGCGUGUGCAUGUUUGUCCUUCAGACCUCAACUAGUUGUCAGCUGUUGAGACCCUGAGGGUGCUACACGAUGAGUGAAGCACUCUUUAUUUAGACAAGAGUCUAGACGAAGUGUGUAGCAACCUGUUUGGACAACGGAAAGACCAAAGUGAAGAUCUUGGUCUGAGUGUGUUUGAGUGUGUGUGUGCGCAGGUGUGAUUACAAAGGAACAAAAAAAAUAAUAAAUUCUCACCAAAACUGUUCUCUGGGAUAUUUGUGACAGUUACAAGUAGGCUGAAGGUUAGCUGGUCUUCACAUCACAGGUUAAAUCUGAUUUACACUUUUAAGUUUGUUAUUCAAAUCUGGAGUAAACAAUGCUGUAAGAGAAACACAAUGAUGAAAAUGAUAGAUUUAUAGCUAUUUUGUCUUUGUGAUGUUUUCUUUGUUUAUUCUAAUAAACCUUGCUUUAGUACUGUU